CCUGGAGAAGAGGAGGCUCAGGGGAGACCUCAUUGCUCUCUAUAACUUCCUGAAGGGAGGUUGUAGUGAGCUGGGGGUCAGCCUCUUCUCUCGUGUCAUUAGUGAUAGGACCAGAGGGAAUGGUUUCAAGCUACGGCAGGGGAGAUUCAGGCUGGACAUUAGGAAGUAUUACUUUUCAGAAAGGGUGGUCAGGCACUGGAAUGGACUGCCCAGGGAGGUGGUGGAGUCGCUGAGCCUGGGGGUGUUCAAGGAAAGGCUGGAUGUUGUGUUGAGGGACAUGGUUUAGUGGGAGCUACUGGGAAUAGGUGAAUGGUUGGACUGGAUGAUCUUGAAGGUCUUUUCCAACCUUGGUGAUUCUAUGAUUCUAUCAUUCUAUGAUUCUAUGAUUUGGGGCCUGGCUAAUGCUUAUCCGGCCUUAUUCAAUAGUAUCCCAAAAAGGGAAAGAGUUUGUGAAAUUGAGAGAGAGUGUCUGAGAGCUGAGAGGGAGAAUCUCCAGGCUGAGAAGGAGAGUUUUCAGGAGAGACUCCGAGCUGAGAGGGAGAAUCUCCAGGUCCAGAGAGAGAGUCUCCUAGUUGAGAAACAGAGUCUCCAAAUCCAAAGAGAGAGUCUCCAAGCUGAAGGGGAGAAUCUCCGAGCUGAGAGAAGGAAUCUCCAAUCUCAACGAGAUGCCUUCGAAUCCGAGAGAUACUCCCUCCAAUCUAAACUCGACACCUGUGGAGAGCAUUGCUGAGAGCUGGCUUGCAGAAAAGGGUCAUGUUGACACAACCCCGCUGAUAAGACUGAAAUAACUAGGCAUAAACACGAGCCUGCUAACCUAUCAUCAUCAAGGACAGCAGGAUUAUGAGGAACCAACAUGAAGGAAUAACAGGAUGCAGAACUGGGGGUGCUGACCGUGGGAAUGCAGCUGCGGUUGUUAUUAGCUACCUGCGCGCCGACCUAUCAGGAGCUCGCCUUUUGCAAUAUGUAUUAGCCUCAUUAUACGCUGUAAUAAAUAACGCUGCCUUCUGAUUAAAGUUUGAGAAUGCUUGAUCAAGCCCUUGGUCGUAUCUUUUCUCCCGCCGGUUGCGACAAAUGGUGAUCCUGACGUGAUCACUGCUGGCAGGAUCAUUGGAACACCACGGUCGACGGCGUCUUGGUUCGGGUCCUUUCUGCAGCGGGGACGGCGAAAGCACUGCUAUCCAGUGAAGGAGUGCCGCGCCCUAGGUGACCUCAUCUGAGAGCCUAGCCGAUACGAGCUGCCGGACCCUGUGAGGCUGCAACUGGCAAAAGGUUAGAAUGGACAGGCAAGCAGCUUAUAUGCUCUUUACAUGCUUCUCAGAGAAGCGAGGGAUAAAAGAUAUAGAUAUAAAAAAGGAGCUCCCUGGGCUCUUGCAAUACGGACAGGAGAAAGGGUUUUUUGUAAACCCUCAUACUGUUCACAAAUUAUCUGAGUGGAGGAGGUUUGGGGACCAUCUAUGGGAAGCCACCCUGGACGGGGAUAAGGUAGCCAAGAAAUUAGGUAGAUUGUGGCGGCCGGUACAUAACGCGCUCCUGCAGAGCCGAGCAGAGAAAAGAGCCGCGCAAGAAAUUGUGUCGGCACACCAGCGAAAUGAGAGGUAUGAGUGGCCGCCGCCCAUUCCCCCAGACGUUAAUGUUAUUACUAUUCCUCCUCCUGGCUCCGGCGGAGCUCAUGCUAUCGAUCCUUCAGCUCCCCCUCCAGGAGCGGAGCCGCCCUCCCAGCCAGAUCUCAGGGAGCCAGUACGGUCGGCAGAGCCUAUUCCGGGAGCGGGGGGUGAGCUGACUGAGGCUCUUGAAAAACAGCGUAGAGAGGCAUGGGCAAAUUUGGCGCGCCAAUGUGUGCAGGAGGGGGAUGCUGAAGGGGCGAAUGCUGUGCAAGAAUUGGCAUUCCCUGUAGUGUAUACGCCAUUAGCGGCCGGGGGAAUGCAGGCAACGAUUCUAAAUCUUGAUUGGAAGCUUUUGUCUCAACUCAGAGCUACAGUUAGUCAGUAUGGCAUAACAGGGGAGCCAACGGAACAGAUGUUGGAUUUCAUUUGGGGGUCCCAAGUACUAUUGCCCACAGACAUUAGGGGCAUAGCCAGGUUGAUAUUAACCCAACAUCAGCGAUUGCUAUUUAAUGCGCACUGGCAUGAUGAAGCCCAAAGAAGUGUGCUGGUUCAGCGUCAGCCAGGAGAUCCUCUUUUCCAGAUUACCCUGGAUGAGAUUCUGGGUUUAGGCAAUUUUAUUAGAAUCGAGGCUCAGGCGAUGUUAGGACCUGACAAAUUACGUGAGUCUAUGAAUUGUGCAAGGUCUGCCCUGCGUCAUAUUAGGGCACCUGGGGGUAUCCCCACUUACAUGGGUAUUCAGCAGAAAAGGGAUGAGGCUUUUGGAUCAUUUAUUGACAGGGUAGCUGCAGCUAUUGAUGCUGCGGGGGUGCCUGACUAUAUGAAGGGUGCCAUGUUAAAACAAUGUGCUCUGCAGAAUUGCAACUCUGCCACUAAAUCAAUUCUGAAUAAUCUUAGCAGUGGGUGGACCAUUGAGGAAGCUUUAGAAAAAAUGGCGAAUAUACCCUCUGGACCACAGGCUUUCUUAGUCCAGGCUAUAAAAGAGCUAGGCGAAGGUAUGAAAGCACAGGCUCAAGCCUGUCAGAGUCAGGUACUGGCUGCACUUGCGCCCUUACAGGGUCCCGGCUCUAGUGCUCUAAUAGGUCAAGGCCCCCACCGAACUAAAGCCUGCCAUCCGGGAAACUCCCAGACCAGCGCGAGAAGGGACCGCCGCGCAAGGACACAAAUUGCGACCACCUCUGCUCAACCAGAACUACAGGACCAGUCCUACAACCUGCAACACGGGGAAGCCUCGGCCUGGACCUGACAGCCACAGUAACUGUCACGCUAUCUUCAGACCGACCCACCCGCAUCUCCACCGGGGUCAAGGGUCCACUCAUUAUUGGAGGCCAACCUAUAGGAGGACUAAUUUUGGGAAGAUCCUCUGCGUCUAUGUUGGGAUUAUUUAUCAUACCAGGUGUGAUUGAUGCAGAUUACCAAGGAGAGAUUUAUGUGAUGGCAUACACGCCUUGGCCUCCAAUUACGGUUCAACAGGGUCAACGUUUCGCUCAAAUCGUUCCCCUCCAGCAGCAAACGGUUGGAAUUACCCCUCGGGAGUUUCGACCAAGAGGCAGCGGUGGCUUUGGCUCCUCCGAUAAGUUGGUCUUGCUUUCAGUGGGUCUAGGCCAGCGACCCAAGCAGCACAUUACCAUAGUAUACAAAGAGGAAAAGAUCUCUCUCUCAGCGCUACUAGACACAGGCACCGACUCUAGCAUCAUCAGUUCAUCUGCUUAUCCCGAGCACUGGCCAUGCUACGAAGCCUCAGGUACAGUCACCGGUGUGGGAGGCAUGAUAAUUGCUCGACAGACACCCCUACUGACUGUUAAUAUCGAUGACUACAGCCUCUCACUGAAGAUGUCAAUUCUGCCACUCCCACUUGGUGUAGCCUGUCUGCUAGGAAGAAACGUACUCUCCCAGCUGGGGUUUCGACUAACAAAUGACAAGAAGGGUUUUUAGUAGGGGCCAUUGCUUUGGUUUUCCCGAUCCAAAUAAGAUGGUUAGAAGACUCUCCGAUUUGGGUUAAGCAAUGGCCCCUAAAAAGGGAAAACCUAAUCCAGGCACACAAGUUACUUCAGGAACAGCUAGAACUUGGCCAUUUAAGACCGUCUACCAGCCCAUGGAACACCCCCAUCUUCGUCAUAAAAAGAAAUCCGGAAAGUUCAGACUGUUACAUGAUCUCAGAGCAGUUAACAAUCAAAUGGAAGGGAUGGGGCCGCUACAACCUGGUCUCCCGAAUCCUAGUAUGAUACCUCGUAACUGGGACCUUCUCAUUAUUGAUCUGAAAGACUGUUUUUUCACUAUUAGUCUACAUGAGAAGGACAUUA